AUGUACACGCUCACGACAACAGACGAGCAUCUCUUCGGGAGCGAUGUCUACGUCCUCGAUCUCCUGAGAACUCCCUCGGGUCGCCUCGUCUCGAUUUCCUCGGACCAGAAGCUCUCUCUGCUCAACCCUGCAUCACUCAGCAAGGGUCCCAUCUCCAGCUUCCAGACUGACCAUGGCAACCUCACCACAAUGAGGCUCUUUGGAGAUAACGUGGUAUGCACAGCAGGCGAGAAUGGAAAUGUCGGGGUCUGGGAUCUCCGAGCUGGAGCUCAGGUCGUGCAAUUUGCCACGAGCGAGGCACCGCUGGCUUCAUUGGCAUGCAGCCCAGAAACCCAGACCAUUGCGGUCGGCACAGAACUUCACAACCACGAGGCCAGCAUCUUGCUCUGGGAUGUCCGCUCGGCACCCGUCCAAAAGGCAGCAUACCAUGACCUCCACUCCGACGACAUCACCACACUGACCUACCACCCCUCCAACCCCAACGUGCUCCUCUCAGGCUCUACCGACGGCCUCGUCAGCGUUCACGACACCUCCAUCGCGGACGAGGACGAGCUCACGGUGCAGACGCUCAACCUCAACGCUUCCAUCCACAGGGCCGGUUUCCUGGGCCCCUCCCUCGUCUACGCGCUGUCCCACGACGAGCGCUUCGCCAUCUACGACAUCUCCGAGGCCCAGGGCUCGGGGGAUGCGAUUAGAGAUUUCGGCGACUUGAGAGGGUACGCGGAAUGCCAGUACGUGGCGGAUAUCGUGCCGAAGAAUGACGGAAGCGGUGCCAUCGUUGGUGCUGGUGCGCAAGACAAGCAAACGUUUGAACUGAUGUUCUUGACGAACUACCAGGGUUCAUGGGAGGUGAACCGUGCAAACAGCGUUGGUCUGCCUGGUGCGCACGGUGAGGAGAUCGUAAGGGCUUAUUGUUUCUUUGAUGAGAGCCAGAUGGUCUUCACGGGUGGCGAGGACGGGAAGGUCAAGGCCUGGCGACCAGGCAACUAA